AUGUAUAAUAAAAUACACAAAAUGUCGGACAAUCUUUGUUAUUUUUCUACGACUGAAUGGAACUUAACAAAUGAAAGAUGGGACGAAUUGACGAAGAAUUUAAAGUCUGCGGAUGACGAAUUGUUCUUUUGUAAUAUGAAAAAGCUCGAUUGGGAUAGUUACUUUCAAACUUAUAUCCUAGGGAUAAGAACGUACAUUUUAAAGGAUUCCAUUGAUACACUUCCGCAAGCUCAUAUAAAAUGGCAAAGACUCUAUUGGAUGCAUCGAAUAUUGAAAUUUGUCAUCGUCUAUUUCUUUCUUAUGGUCACCUGGGCUAUGGUUCCGGACCACUUUUAACGUUUAGAACAUCGUAAAAGAAGCAUAAUUGUGAAAGAAAAU